ACAAUCACGAAAUGCAACGGGACUGAAGAAAACACUGCAUUUGCAUUUGGCCAGCGCAGCGCAAAAAAUGUAGACCCAAUUAAAAUGUCAAUUAAAUGUCAAUAUUAAAUAUAAAGUGUCGUAGGCUAUAAAUAAAUGGCACGAAAUAAAAAGUGGUCUUUGUGUGAUUAUUGCGGUGGUGGUGGAGGCGAAUUGGUUUAAUUAAGUAAUAAAUAUUGAGCUGCUGAUUUGAUUUAAUCCAAUUAAUUAGCAUAUAAAAUAACGUAAUAAAGUUUGAUGUGGGAGGAUACUGGGCAAAAAAAAUUGUGGGACUUAAUUGCUGACGAAGGACGACGUAAUUUUAUUUAGUGAUUAUAAAAUAAAUUGAACAGUGUGAGAAAUGACGACGUGAAUUGAGGGUCGGAUCGGAGGACAGUGUAAAGUUAGUUGGUUUUAAAGGUUUUAAUUUAACGAUAUUUUAAAUUUUACUGAGAAACAUGGAAAAGUUUUUAACUACAAAAGUACUAAGAUUAAAUCAGUAGGAAUCCAAGUUUAACUAAAUCUCAUUCAUGACAUUAAAUUAUUUAAUUAAUGUAAAUCAUCUGCUACAAAUUAACUGGAAUCUCAUGUCACAUGUGUUACUAUCACAUGUAGAGAUAUUAAACAUUUAAUCCACCAGAAUUACAAGCUCAAACUUCAUUUUCGUGGAAUACUAUUUUAUACUUCACCAUGAUUAGAAUAAGCACAUUGAGAACAUUGACUGGAAGAAUGAACCUUAGGAAUAGAAGAACGAAGGAGAAGUACUGUUUAUUCGUCAUCCUGAUGAGUUUCUUCAUGAUCUGUGUCGGGAUGGUGUACUUCCUCCCUGACUUAAGGGCGAAGACGACGACAGGGGUACAUGACGCAUAUCAGAAAAUACCCGAAUUAUUUUUAGCCCCUCAUCUACCGCCACCUCCGCAUGGGGCUGAACUUCGCCUUAAUGUUAAUUUCAUAGGGCUCGAAGGAUAUCCAGGGUCUGGCAGCCCUCAACACGUCGUUCCCAGGCCAAUGCUUCCCCCAAGAGGGAGAGAUGAAGAUCGAGAAAAGUUAUACGCUAAAAUUCGCCAAGAUUUGGAACAAGAAGAUCAACGAGUUUUAGCAAAGCCAAGAAUAUUUGAUGGCCCUUCAACUUCCACCACGACAACUACGAAAAUUCCACAAGUCGACGGUCGAGGUCAUCUCCAAAGGAUGUCUCCCAGCAGUGUGAGCGGAAGUCAUCACAUUUCUAGUCCAAGAAACGUCCACCCACACCCUGCACUCCACACGGUGGAACAUGCUUUCCCUGCUGGGAAUUCUUACUUUCAUCGGUCUAAUUUUACUAAACCCGUCGUUUUUGGUGGAGAAGAUCCUAAUGGGGCUGUCAGGUCGAAACGGAACGUGAUCCGACAGAUGAUGAAAGAUUCGUGGGAUAACUAUGUGACCCAUGCCUGGGGUGAAAAUGAGUUAAGACCACUAACUCACAAGGGACAUUCUGCAAGCAUAUUUGGUCCAAGCAAAAUUGGAGCUACAAUUGUUGAUGCUUUGGACACAUUGUACAUCAUGGGGCUGCACGAGGAAUAUCAAGUUGCCAGGGACUGGGUGGCAAAAGACCUCAACUUUGACACUGUGAGAGCCGAAGUUUCCGUGUUCGAGACCAACAUUCGUUUUGUGGGAGGACUUUUAACAAUGUUUGCUCUGACUGGAGAUGUCAUGUAUAAAGACAAAGCAUAUCACUUAGCAAAGAAGUUGUUGCCGGCUUUCGAAACUCCAACUGGAAUUCCCAUGGCGUUGAUUAGUUUGGGCUCUGGGGCCAGUAAAAACUACGGAUGGGCUUCUUCUGGUUCGAGCAUCUUAUCCGAGUUUGGAACUUUGCACUUGGAAUUUCUUUAUUUGUCUGAUAUCACUGGAGAUCCCAUUUUUAAGGAGAAGGUUUUCAAAAUCAGAGAAACGAUGAAGCAAAUCGAGAAGCCUAAAGGACUCUAUUUCAACUAUGUACAUCCUCGUAUGGCAAAAUUCACGCAGAAUCACGUAUCAAUGGGUGCUUUAGGUGACAGUUUUUAUGAGUAUUUACUAAAAGCAUACGUCCAAGCUGGGGAUAUAGAAGCACGCGAAAUGUAUGACGCCGCGAUGGAGGCCUUUGAGAAAAAUGGGCUGAUUCGCUACUCUAAAGGUGGACUGUUGUAUAUCGCUGAAAUGCGAUACGAUAGAAUAGAAAGCAAAAUGGAUCACUUGGCUUGUUUUGCUGGUGGUCUGUUUGCCCUUGGAGCUCACACCGACCCCAAUCUCGUUGGACCUGAAAAGAACUCGGCCAGGGCCAACAGACAUAUGAAAAUAGCUGAGGGUAUCACAAACACUUGCCAUGAAAGCUACAUCAGAACCCAGACUCGUUUGGGUCCAGAGUCCUUUAGAUUUUCCGACGCCAUUGAGGCCAGAGCUCAAAGACCUAACGAAAAAUAUUAUAUUCUUCGUCCUGAAGUAAUUGAAUCAUAUUUCAUCAUGUGGAGACUUACUGGAGAUCAGAAAUACCGGGACUGGGGAUGGGACAGUGCACAAGCUAUUGAGCAACAUUGUAAAGCUGGACCUGGAGGUGGUUACUCAGGUUUGAGGAAUGUUUAUAGUAAAGACCCGCAACAAGACGAUGUUCAGCAAUCAUUUUUCUUGGCUGAGACGCUUAAGUACCUGUACCUUCUCUUCAGUUCCAACGACCUAAUUGAUUUGGAUUACUGGGUAUUCAACACGGAAGCUCACCCUCUUCCCGUCAAAGGACUGAAUCCAUACUAUCGUCCAAGUCCGAAUGCUUCUUCGUAAUACAAGUAGUUAUUAGAAGAUACUGACAAGAAGUAGACAGUAGAAUAUCGUUUGUAUGAAAAGACACAGCAAUGUCCAUUAUAGUCAAGGCAAUUCGAAUGCAAAAUCUGGGCAUCAUAUUGAGUGUGUCCACCCAGGUAAGAAUGAUUACAAUAAGUAAUUCUCUAACGUUGUUGUGUCAGUCUUCAGAAAACUCAACGUUUGCUCCAAGUCAUUACAAGGCCAAAUUAAUUAAUGUAAUUAAUUCGUUAAAAAUGUAAAAUUCCUUUGUUUAAUUUAUUUACUUCGGUUGUUAUAUCUCACGUUAUAUUUUUGUUGAGUUUUAUGCUAAGGUUAUAUAAUGAUGAUACAAUAUCAAUAUUCAACAUUUUAUACACAUUCUCAGAAAUUUGUACACAAACUUCUCGUCGAAUCCGCUUGAAUCCGUGCAUAAUAAUGUUAUCGUUUAAUAUAGUCGAAUCUCGAGUUGGAGAUCUAAAUAUUCCAACUAUGAUUUUGUGCACUUGUAAAAAGUAAAUCUAUGUACACUUAAUUAUGAUACCAAGAACAGAACUACUAUGUAAUAUAAUAUUAAUUAGACUCCGCAGUGCUAUAAUAACUACUGUUGCAGUGCAACAUGUCAUUCAGUAGUAGAAUGGCGUUGGUGAUGCUAACUUUUAAGGCAUGUUUAAGAAUAAUAAUUAAGUAAAUAGGUUACUACACUGGUGGGCUGCUUCCUUUCAUAUCUGAUUUUGUUAAAUUAAUUUUCGUUCCUGAAUAAUUUUUUUAACAUUCAACAUUACUACUUCAUUGCGUCUGCCUGACACUGUGAUAAAUUAUAGACUUGUAAAUUAUCCACAAUUAUCGAACCAUAAAUACAGCUGAAGGUCAUUGUCCUUUUACAAUGUUCACAUUACCAGUGACUAACGCAUCUAUAAAUACGUAGCAAUUAGUAAAACCAAUUAUUAUGCUCCAAAAUCAAUCUUAAAAUGCCUAUGUAUGUACGUGGUGUCCAUUUAUUAAGUCCCAUCGUGAUAAUAUGAAACCGACCUGCUGCAGCAAUCCAGUAAAAAAUAAAAAUUAUUCUCUAAUAUUUCAUUGUUAUUAAGUAGGUACAUACCGUUGCCAAAUUAAAGAUGAAAUAAAACGUGGAAUGACAUACACACAGUACACAA